AUGGGACAUUCUCCGGACCGCCCACCCCAACAUCAGGAUUUUGACGUGAAACAUAUUGUCGCACUGGUUCAACGCUUACAUUCUUCGGAGGAACAACUCCAGACACGGUGGAUUAACGCUGUACUGGGCCGAAUCUUUCUCGCUUUGUACCGGACCCCCGAGAUGAAGGAGCUUGUCCGGACCAAGAUCAUUAAAAAGAUAUCCCGUGUCAAUAAACCGAACUUCAUUAGCAAGAUCGGUCUUCGAAGCAUUGACAUGGGAAAUGGCGCCCCCUUUAUCAUAAAUCCAAGGCUCAAAGAUCUUAUGGUGGAUGGCAAUUGUUGUGUCGAAACGGACGUUCAGUAUACUGGAAACUUCCGCGUGGAGGUUACGGCCACUGUGCGGAUCGACCUGGGACAGCGUUUCAAGGCGAGGGAGGUUGACAUUGCUUUGGCAGUAGUUCUGAAAAAACUGGAGGGACACCUGCUGAUACGGUUCAAGCCCCCGCCGAGCAAUCGAGCGUGGAUUUCCUUCGAGUCGAUGCCCAAUAUGGUUAUGGACAUUGAACCCAUUGUCAGCUCGAAACAAAUUACAUAUGGUAUCAUACUGAGGACGAUUGAGAACAAGAUUCGCGAAAUGGUGGCAGAGAGUAUUGUCUUGCCAUUUUGGGAUGAUGUACCUUUUCUGGACACUGUUGCAGAACGAUUCCGUGGCGGAAUCUGGCAGCGGGACUGUCCUGAACCCGGGUCAACGAUGGAAAUCCUUGACGAUUCUGGGAGUGAGCCUCGAGUGCCAGAAGGCGCUGAUACAAUCAGGGUAUCGAAGUCGAGGGACGAUCGCGUUAUGAGUGAACCGGCUAUUUGUGAUUCCGUUACCAACUCUGCAGAAUAUUGCGAGAAGGCAGGGCUAUCAGGAGACUCUGGCAAGGGCUCCUCGACCACAUUACCCUCAUCUUUAGGAAAAACUGCAAGUUCGCCGCCACGGGCAAUUCGCUCUCGAACAUUCUCCCAUACUGCUGAUCCUGUGCUGACCGCCGACCAUGGACAAAUGGAUGGUAUACUAACGGACUUCAAAAACGACAAUAAGGGCAAUGCUGCUAGCGCAAUGAUAGAGAUAUCUAGUCGUUCUCCUCCUACAACGCCAAAUGAACAACAAAACAGCUCGUCUCCUAGUGUUAAUCGGAGCAUACUGGAAGCCGGGCACCCGAGCUGUGAGUCUUUUGAUACUGACUGUACUGAGAACACAGUGGAAACCAGCAGUGAUUCGCCCAAUGCCCCUCCUUCUCCUCAGACAGCUGAUCCUGCGUUGAGCAUGGGAGGUGCGCCUAGUCGUUCGACCUCGUCUUUGAACACCAUUAAACCGCGUCGUUCUGCUAUUCUAGAAGGCUCGACUUGUUCGAGCGCUUCUCAUCUACCGCCAAACCAAAAAAGCCAGAGCUCGCGAUCACUGGGUACAGCGACCUCGAUGGCAAAGAAAUGGGGAUGGAACAUGUUCGGUAGAGGAGACUCCAGUACAAGCCUUGGACUCGGAGUGUCGCGACCUGCAGGUACCCCUGAGGAACCAAUUGGACGUGGACAUCCACUUCCUCCUCCAGGUACUCCGCUGCCGACGCCUGCAAAGGUAAAUAGCAACAAGCGGAAUUCCGUCUUGGUCCCGAAGCGUAAGCCUGUGCCGCCCACCACCGUUCAGGAGCAAGUGUCAUUGGACCAGAAUGGGAGAAAUCAGCUGCAACUAAAGUCUGCCUUUCCACAACGGAAGCCAGCACUUGAUCCCAGCGAUCUUGCAGAGCUACCCGUUGAGCUACUCGUUGUUGAGGCCCCUUACGAUUCGGCGCCCAGCAGCCCGGCCGACCUUGUGCCAGCCUUGAGCUCCUCAGAACACGGUACAAUUAUCGCCGAACGGUCCGAAGAACUGGCUCAAGGUGAUACUGGAAUCAAAACGCGACAUUGUCAUGCAGAGGAGCAUACAACGAUGGCCCAAUCUUGA